CUCUUUGUGGGCUUGGUUUUUAUGUGUUGACGGGAAACCAACUUGGGAGAAGUAGAGUUAUCCUUUUUAAAUGUGCACAAAUAAAGCUGUGUUUGGGUUUAAAGAACAGUCUGAGCUGAAUCUGCUCUGAGGAAACAUGGGGAGAGCUGCUGGGGUGCACCUCACCUGCUUUGGCCUGCUGCUGGUUUUGGCUGCUUCACAACUAAACAAGGACAAAUGGGACAUUUACAGCUUUCACAUCAACUCCACUGUGACCUGCCGUUAUGCCACCACCGUCAUCACAAGCCGUGUGGCCAAUCGUAUGAACGAGUCCAAAGAAAUCAAAUUUCAUGUUCAGAUUCCCAAAAAUGCCUUCAUCAGUAAAUUCAGAAUGUUUAUAGAUGGUCAGGUUUAUGAUGGAGUUGUGAAAAUGAAGGAGCAGGCUCAGCAGCAGUACACUGAGGCUGUGGCUCGUGGUGAAAGUGCAGGAAUAGUGAGCUCUGUAGGGAGGACCAUGGAGGAAUUYAAAACUUCUGUAACUGUGGCRGCUCACAAAAAGAUCACCUUUGAGCUCACGUACGAGGAACUUCUGAAACGCACUCGUGGCAAAUAUGAGCUGCUGAUCCACGCUCGACCCAUGCAGCCUGUCAAAGACUUCAAGGUUGACGUGUACAUCUAUGAAAAAGCUGGGAUCAGUUUUGUUGAUGUGAAAGGAGGACUGAGCACUAAAGCCCUGGCUAAUGCCAUCACCAAAACACAUGAGGGAAACAAGGCCUGGGUGUAUUUCUAUCCAACUGUUGAUCAGCAGAAAACUUGUGACAGCUGUGGAGAACAAGGUAUGAAUGGAGAUCUGGUUAUUGUUUAUGACGUCAACAGAGAUUCUGGACUGGGAGACAUCAAGACWUCAGAUGGAUACUUUGUUCAUCAUUUUGCUCCAUCUAGUCUUCCCCGAAUACCAAAAAACAUUGUUUUUAUUAUUGAUCAAAGUGGCUCGAUGAGUGGCAGAAAAAUWRAACAGACGCGGGUUGCUUUGAUCCAUAUUCUGAAUGUCCUGUCUGAGGAGGACUUUUUUGGUGUUAUUACAUUUGAUAGUGACAUUUUCCACUGGAAACGGGAACUUGUUCAGGCCACCAGCGCAAAUCUAAAGAGGGCCAAAGAAUUUGCAAAGAACAUUAGAGAUAGAGGAGCAACAGACAUUAAUGCAGCAGUGUUGGAAGGAGCGCGUAUGCUGAACGCACAUCCCAGAGAAGGUUCAGCAUCUAUCCUGAUCCUUCUCACAGAUGGAGACCCAACUUCAGGAGUGAUAAAUUUUGAAGUUAUUCAGUCAAAUGUCAGACGAGCCAUUGCAGGAAAGUUCCCACUCUACUGUCUUGGUUUUGGGUUUGAUGUCAAGUUUGAGUUCCUUGAGAAAAUGGCACUGGAGAACAAUGGUGCGGCAAGACGGAUUUAUGAAGACUCUGAUGCUGAUUUACAGCUGAAGGGUUUCUAUGAAGAAGUGGCCACUCCUCUAUUGACAGACGUGAUGAUGAUCUACAUUGGUGGAACCAAUUUGACCCAAACUAAUUUCAGUCAGUACUAUAAUGGAUCUGAGAUUGUGGUGGCUGGUGAGAUCAUGAACAAUGACAUUGAAACCUUCAGUCCACAAGUUGUGGCCAUUUCACAAAAUAGUAGAAAAAAGACUUUUUCUAACACCAACAUGCCUCUGGAGCCCUCUACUGAAACACUACCUCAAGGCCUCCUUCAGAGGGUCUGGGCCUACCUCACAGUAAAACAGCUUCUGGAGAAAGAGAUGCUGUUUUCUGGACCUGGAAAAGAAAAAGUGAGGAAAGAAAUUUUGGAGCUUUCUUUGAAGUAUAACUUUGUGACCCCACUCACAUCCAUGGUGGUCACCAAGCCUGAGGGGGAGAACACAGACGUCCUUCACAAACCAAAGGAGGGAGACUCAAAAUCAACMAGCAUGCACUUACAACCAGGCAGUGCUUUUUAUGCUGAUCUUGAUGAUGAUGAUGUCCCUAGCACUGGGAUUUUGGCUUUUCUUGUAGAGGAUACUUUUGCUGCUGCAGAAGAUUGGUUACCCACAGCGUCCGCAGACAUAAUGUAUCACGAUUAUGCAAUAUUGGAAACUUUCACUACAUUAGCUCCUGUUUCACACACUGUUUUGGUGAAAGCURAGACUCUUUCCACACCCCUGUGCUUUGAGGUUAAAGAACCCAUUCUGAAACUUUUUCACCAUCCCAGUAGGGGGCUGUAUAUGAACGGUGAGCUGGAUUCAGUGACAAACGGAGGCUUCACAAAGAUUGUCAUCCAUGUCAGAAGUGACCAACAUGUUGAGGUUGACACGGAGGGAGUCACUAUUCGAGAGGGACAGUCUACGACACGCCACACAGGACAGGAUCACAUCACAGCUGGGAAUGUGACCRUGAUCAAGACAGACAAUGAAACAGAUGUUUCUGUUGAAGACAUGCAGGUGGUCAUCUUAGCUCACAAGAAGAAUGGCAACAAAUUCCUUUGGCCAGUUUUAAGACAGACGCCAUCUGCCAACAACACUGAAGGGAUUUUAGCUUUAAAUCCUGCAGAUUACAAGGAGGUGAAGCAAAAUCAAACAAUUCUGAAAAUUAAAGAUCAAGAGAUUUCUUUUAUCAGCUCCUCUGCUGAUGACUACAGUAUUUCCCCUCCUGUGGCAACAACCUGCUGGCUCGUUUCACCUGAUCAUGCUCUGCAGAGACCUAUUGAAGAUUUCAUCUCUGCACAGAUUUAACAACACUAUGCUGACUUAUGUAGAAAACACAAGUGAUUGAAAUGGUAAAUAAGACAAAAACUGAAAAAUACAUUGUUUUAUGUUGAAAAUUAGUUCAGUUGAAUAAUAAACAUUGAGUUUCCAAACAUCUCAAACAGUCAGAGGCAUGUUGGUGUAAAAAAAAUAAACACAUCUCAACACUUCGACUCAAAUAGGCAGUGUUGACAUUAUAAUGAUCUGCUCUGUGUUUUUGUUAUUCACUUUUAAAGUCAACUUAGUAACAUAGCCAGAAAUUGUACUUCCAGGCRUGUAAUUGGACCUUGUUUGAAACUGGUUUGUAAUGACACAACCUUUGUUGAACCAGCAUCAUAAUGUGCAAAGAAUGUAGGAAAUGUAACCUUUAAAGUCRCUUGCUGCACAUACUGUUUACAUGGUGAAGACCAAAAGAGAAAGUUAUAUGAAGUUUCUGGUACAUAGUGUUCAGUUAGGACUGCAUUUCUAGAAUUACUUGCUGUUUGCAUGUGAUAAGUUGUACAUAUAACCAGCAGCCUGAUUGGCUUUGUUUUMUUCCCAGGCAUCUGCUGUCAGGUCAGUAUGUGUUAGGACAGUGAUGCACCAAGUCUCUCAACUGUAAUUUAGUCAGCUCAGAGCUUCAGCAAAAUAGCUUCUCUGUGAUUCCUAAACUGKCCCUGUGAUGGACUUGCGACCUGUCCAGGGUGUACCCCGCCCCUCGCACUGUGACUGCUGGAUAUGGGCACCAGUGACCCACGCAACCCUGAAAAGGAAGAAGUGUGUACAGAAAAUGGAUGGAUGGAUGGAUGGAUGAUUCCUAAACUGCUAAUACUCAUUUUUAUGAAACAUUUAAAGCUAAAAGAUUACUGUUAAUCAUAUCUUGAUCAAUGUACCUGUACAGAUUUUUAUGAAGACAAAUGUCAUCAACUUUUAUUAAAGAUUUGCAUUCCUUCAAAGAAUA